CGGUCGGUUGGACUCUCUCAGCUCUCUCUCAGUCGGCUGGCACACACCUGUCUGCUGAUGUUAGAGCCCAGUUGCACCCAUGACCUCACCUGGGCUGACUAGACCCCCUGUAGACCCCCGACACUCACCUGGCAGGGGCGCUGGUUGGUCACUGUCUCACAGGAAGCCAGGCUGCUGCUCGUGACCCUGCUGCCUUCUCCCCCCCAGGGAUCAUGGCUGAGCAGUUUGUGCCGGACGGCCCCCACGCCCGCCUCUAUAACCGCGAGGACCACGCCUGGGUGAAGCUGAUGAACUGGCAGCACAGCACCAUGUACCUCUUCUAUGGCGUCUCGGGCAUCGCCGACCUCCUGACCGCCUCCCCGCUGCCGGCGCCGCCGGGCCUGGACCGGCUGGCCCUGUCCCUCGCGCUCUUCGUGGAAGGCUUCCUGUUCUACUUCCACGUGCACAGCCGCACCCCGCUGGACGUGCACGUGCACUCCCUCCUGCUGGUGGCCGUGUUCGGGGGGGCGGCCAGCACCUUCCUGGAGGUCUUCCUGAGGGACAGCCCCGUGCUGCAGCUCUUCCGGGCCAGCCUGGCCAUCCUGCAGGGCACCUGGUUCUGGCAGAUCGGGUUCGUGCUGUACCCUCCUGGAGGCGGCGAGCAGUGGGACGAAAAGGACCACAACAACAUUAUGUUCAUCACCAUGUGCUACUGCUGGCACUACGCCGCCGCCCUUCUGGUCAUUGCGGGGAAUUACACAGCAGUCUGGUGCUGUGUGCGGAGGCGAGCCGCGAGGGAGGGAGAAGACAUGGAGAUCAGGCUGCUGAAGACCAGCUCUUCUGACACCAGUUCUCACAAGGCCCUGCUCCAGGAGUCCGAAGAGGAGUAGACAGAUGGACGAACUGGCAGACCUGGCAGGACUGGAGUCUCUGCCCGGGAUCCCCUGGUUUGUACUGGGCAACCUGGGACAACACAACCUGCAGACGACACGGCACUGCCCUGGGCACCAGGCAGCCAGACCCCCCCUUCCAGGAUGGGCCAAAUGCACAAAUUACGAGUUUUUCUCCAGCUUUUCAGACUGCUGAGAAUUUGUGUCUUUCUUUUAUUUUUAAAAGGACAACUUUAAGAUUUCUUCAUUUAUUUUAAAUUUUACAAUAAAAUCUAACUGCUGUCCACACUA